AAUUUGUCAUAUAAGACGUUUACACUUUAUAGAAGGUGUAUUUUUGUCACUUUUUUUAAAUAAUUUGGUGGUUUUUUAUAACAAAAUUUACAGAUAUUUUUGUUGGCAAAAAAAUAAUUUAGGAAUAUUUUUAGUAGUUUACCUGAGAUUAAAUUAAAAGAAUUGAAUAUAUCACAUUAAAGUAUAAAUAUACUACCAACGCAAGUUGGCAGGUCUGUGGAGGAUGGGAAUAGAGUUUGCUUGGGAAGGUCGCUCACUUUGUGUGCCUUUAUAGUAUCCGAGAAAUUAGUCAUUGGGUUAUCGGCUUGAUAGAUACCUGCUGCAUACUAAACAAAAAAAAUUAUAAAUAUACUAAUAUUUUAUGCUACGAAGGGAAAAUAUGCACAGAAGUUUGCAUCCGAGGUAUUACCUAGUCAACAUGCUUUCAUGUAUGAGGAAUCCUAUGUACAUCCUUUUAGGAUCAUCCUAUGUCAACAUCCUAGAGCAAGAUCAGAAUCUGAGUCCUGACGCCGAUUCUCCAAUCAUAUGGGUUUCAUAAUAUAAAUUUUCUUUUUCCAUUUUUUGUACAAUUCCCAUGAAACUGCAAAGAAUAGCUUCUAGAUUAGGCCAUCCACAAUAUUAAGAAAUACUAAACCCAUAAAGUACAUCUUGCGGCUGAGAAUUUCAUCAAAGUAAAGUAACGUUUUGUUGGUUUUUGUAAUGCAUGAAUCAUAAGUCAUACAUAGCAUAUAAUGAGGUUUGGCCAUUCCUUGGCUUAUCAAUCUAAUUUCUAUCCGUUCUAAUUUUCUACAAAGGGUACCAUACAAAUUACAAUAAUUAAAAAUGUCAAUAUGGAAAUUCCCAACUUUCUUUCUUGUUAUGUUUACGUUCUUCUCUUGUUCUUUCUCUAGCAUUUUCACAAUAACCAACAACUGUCCCUAUACUAUAUGGCCCGGUACCCUCUCCGGCGCAGGCUCGCCAUCACUUGCAACAACCGGAUUCCGUCUAGACCCCGGCCUAAGUGUGAAACUCACAAGUGUUCCUGGGUGGUCCGGCCGGAUAUGGGCAAGGACUGGUUGCACUUUUGAUGCAACCGGAACUGGCAAAUGCCAAACCGGCGAUUGCGGAGGAAGGCUUGAGUGUGAUGGAAAUGGUGCUGCUCCUCCUACCUCCUUGUUUGAGAUAACGCUUGGUAAAGGCACUGAUCAAGACUAUUAUGACGUGAGUAUGGUAGAUGGUUACAAUUUACCAUUGCUUGCUCAACCACGAGGUGUAUAUGGGGGUGCUGCUUGUAAUGCCACAGGUUGUGUUACUGAUAUUAAUAGAGGUUGUCCAAAAGAACUUCAAGUGGUUGGUGGAGAUGGAUACCAAGAUGAAGGUGGUGUAGUAGGCUGUAGGAGUGCUUGUGAGGCAUUUGGGUCAGACCAAUACUGCUGCAGUGGAGCAUUUGCAAACCCAACAACAUGCCAGCCCUCUUAUUAUUCCACCAUUUUCAAGAGGGCUUGUCCAAGAGCCUAUAGCUAUGCAUUUGAUGAUGGAACAAGCACCUUCACUUGCAAAGCUUAUGAAUAUGACAUUGUUUUUUGUCCUAGCAGCUAUAGGUAUGCACAAAAACACUUUUCUCUCCCUUCAAUUCAAUUCCUGAUUAGUAGUCUUGUAUGCUCUUAG